GUGACUAGGUGUGAGGGUGGAGCCCUCAAGAGACUGCCUUCUCUCCAUCUGCUGUUUGUAGUGGGAGGAUACCUCCAGAGGGGCUGCUGCUCAUUGAGCUGCACUCACAUGAGGAUACAGACUUUGUGAAGAAGGAAUUGGCAACACUGAAACCUCCAGAACAAAGGCUGUCACUAAGGUCCCGCUGCCUUGAUGGAUUAUACACUUGACCCCAGUGUGACAACAGUGACCGACUACUACUACCCUGAUAUCUUCUCAAGCCCCUGUGAUGCGGAACUUAUUCAGACAAAUGACCUACUAUCUGCUGGACCAGUGGGUGUUUGGGAUUGUAAUGUGCAAAGUGGUGUCUGGCUUUUAUUACAUUGGCUUCUACAGCAGCAUGUUUUUCAUCACCCUCAUGAGUGUGGACAGGUACCUGGCUGUUGUCCAUGCCGUGUAUGCCCUAAAGGUGAGGACGAUCAGGAUGGGCACAACGCUGUGCCUGGCAGUAUGGCUAACCGCCAUUAUGGCUACCAUCCCAUUGCUAGUGUUUUACCAAGUGGCCUCUGAAGAUGGUGUUCUACAGUGUUAUUCAUUUUACAAUCAACAGACUUUGAAGUGGAAGAUCUUCACCAACUUCAAAAUGAACAUUUUAGGCUUGUUGAUCCCAUUCACCAUCUUUAUGUUCUGCUACAUUAAAAUCCUGCACCAGCUGAAGAGGUGUCAAAACCACAACAAGACCAAGGCCAUCAGGUUGGUGCUCAUUGUGGUCAUUGCAUCUUUACUUUUCUGGGUCCCAUUCAACGUGGUUCUUUUCCUCACUUCCUUGCACAGUAUGCACAUCUUGGAUGGAUGUAGCAUAAGCCAGCAGCUGACUUAUGCCACCCAUGUCACAGAAAUCAUUUCCUUUACUCACUGCUGUGUGAACCCUGUUAUCUAUGCUUUUGUUGGGGAGAAGUUCAAGAAACACCUCUCAGAAAUAUUUCAGAAAAGUUGCAGCCAAAUCUUCAUCUACCUAGGAAGACAAAUGCCUAGGGAGAGCUGUGAAAAGUCAUCAUCCUGCCAGCAGCACUCCUCCCGUUCCUCCAGCGUAGACUACAUUUUGUGAGGAUCAAUGAAGACUAAAUAUAAAAACAUUUUCUUGAAUGGCAUGCUAGUAGCUGUGAGCAAAGGUGUGGGUGUGAAAGGUUUCCAAAAAAAGUUCAGCAUGAAGGAUGCCAUAUAUGUUGUUGCCAACACUUGGAACACAAUGACUAAAGACAUAGUUGUGCAUGCCUGGCACAACAUCAAGCCUGUGAUUGUGUUUAUUGAUGAUGUUGAACAAGUGGUAACUUUAAAGGAUUCUGUAUGCCAAGUGAAAAAAAAAGAUGUCUGACCUCCUUACAUAUGCAAAAAUAUACCUUCAGAGACUGUCAGUAGGCUGGAAGAAGUGGAUAUUGAAGUUUUGACAUCAAUGAUGAGGCUCCAGUUGUCUAUUCAUUGACUGAUGGUGAAAUGGCUGGAGUGAUUCUGAAUCAAGGUGAUUGUGAUUAUAGUGACAAUGAAGAUGAUGCUAUUAAUACUGCAUAAAAAGUGCCUGUAGAUGACAUGGUGAAAAUAUUUGACAGGCUUAUGGAAGGACUACAGCAGCAUGCAUUCAUAACAGAACAAGAAAUUAUGUCAGCUUAUAAAAUCAGAGACUUCUAGACAAAAACCAUUGUUGAUGAGGCAGAUGCCUCUAGAAGAGACGUUUAAAAGCCAUCAAACACAAUGCCUCAUCUUCCCUGGAGGACCCACUUCCUGAUCCCUCAACUGUGUCUGAUGUUUCUUCUCAUGUAAGAAAUAAAAAAUAAAAAUAAAAUAAAA